AUGUUGGAGCCUAACCAGCCGAGGUUUGACUUCUCAUCCCCACCACCAAUGCAGCAGCAGCAGCAGCCAUCGCCGUCACCGGCGCAGUUCUUUCCGGCGCAGCAUAGUUCUACGGGUGGGAACGCAUUCUAUCCUUCUCCGGCGUUUGGGUCGGGCGGAGUGCCGCCGCCAGCAGCAACAGCAGCAGCGCCGCAGAGCGAUGACCGUGUGUACAAGGGUGUGCACCCCGUUGUCGCCCUCUUUCAUCUUGCAUUCAAGGCGGGGGCGCUUCUGACGUUUAUUCUGGGCAGCCUGUUUAGCUCCAGCUACGUCACCGUGUUUGUUGUCACCAUCCUUUUCCUGGCUGCGGAUUUUUGGACGACCAAGAACGUAAGUGGCCGUCUGCUUGUCUGCCUGCGCUGGUGGAACGAGGUGCGGGACGACGGCUCGACGCACUGGGUAUUUGAAAGUGCCCCCGACGCGGAGGCGCGUGUGAACGCCUUUGACAAGUGGUUCUUCUGGAUCACCACGGGUGGGAACUUUCUGGUGUGGCUGCUCCUGGCGAUCUUCAACUUGAUGUCCUCGAGACUGCCGAUGACCAUCGUUGGGGCCGUGCUGGGCGGGGCAAACUUCAUAGGAUUUCUCAAGUGCAGCCGAGAUGCAAAGAAGCGGGUGACACAGUUUAUGCUGGAACGGGCCGCGCAGCAGCAAGGCCUGGUGCGCGAGGCGGCAAGGGCGUUGUAA